AUGUUCAGCCUGUGUGGGUUAAACACGGGAGUGUCCUCAAGUAACCCCUCUAUCACUCUUCCUGACUGGAAAUCAAAUGCAGGCGACUUCUAUCUCUCGAAGUUUCCCGAGAGCCCACAUGCUCAGCUACAGAGAGUGUUUCUGGAUCUCUCUGAAGACUCGUGCCUGGAGUUCUGGUACUACAAACCAGGAGAUGACAGCUCAGAAAUGAGAGUCCUGAUCAGGGAUGCUCUAGAAACACAAAUCUGGAGCUCUCUGCACGUUAAGGGCGACGUGUGGAGACAGGUGUAUAUUCCACUGCGCUUCACGGAGCAGAGUGGUACGCAGAUUACUUUUGAGCUCUGGCAGAGACAGGAGGGAGAAAAAGAAAUAGUCUUUGAUAGGAUUGGAGUAAGGAGAGGACAGUGUGAAAACCAGUGCCAGUCUGGCACCCAGUUCUAUACGGACGAAUCCACCGCAUGUAUCUGUACGGACAGGCAGCUCGCCUGUGCCCAGACCGUCUGCGAGACUAAGAGACCCGUUUCAUCCAGAGAUUCGUCCGUCUCUGGCACCUGCAGCGUGACCAGUGACCUACAAUACACUACCUUUGAUGGGGUCAAGUCCCGUUUCGUGGGUCACUGUACUCAUGUACUGACGAAGGUUUGCACCGGGACCGAGGCACUGCCGGAAUUCGAAGUGGAGGUGCAAAAUGAGCAGAGGGGCAGUUCGUCGGUUUUCCCGAUCAAGCGGGUGAACGUGUACCUAGAGGGUCUGACGGUGACUCUGCUGAGGAAAAACAAAAAAGGGGCCCUGAUAAACGGAAUCUGGAAGAAUCUUCCCCUGAGUAUCGAUGGAGACAAAAUAAAAAUAACCUCAGAAGGCAACACCGUGGUUCUUCGGACACGUUUCAAUCUCCUCGUCUACUAUGACAGAUCCGGCGCCCUUCAAGUAACCGUACCCGACCGGUACUCCAACAGACUGUGCGGCAUGUGUGGCAGCUUUAUGAUGGAUGAUAAAACCGAGAUGCCAGGCAUCUCGCUGGCUAGGUAUGACCGUGAUCUGGGCCAGACGGGGAAUAGUGCCAAGUCUCAAUGUGUGGAGUCCACCAUGUCCGGUACGUGCUCCGAAACGGAAAAGCAGAAAUAUGCGGGCAAGACGUACUGCGGGGCCGUGCUGUCCCGCGACGGCCCGUUCUCCGGGUGUUCUGCCAUCGAUACGUCGGCCUUCUUCAAGAGUUGUGUGUUCGAUAUGUGUAUAACUGGAGGAGAUCGGAAGACCUUCUGUGACUUCCUGGAGGAUUUUGCAAGGGCCUGCGGUGAUGCUGGGAAUUCUGUGGUCAACUGGAGGAACGUGACCAAGUGCCCUCUGGCCUGUGGGCCCAACAGCCACUUUAAUGCCUGCUCAAGUGAUUGCUCUGGUACUUGCUCCAGCCUGGAUGCCCCAGAGGAUUGUGGGAGGUGCGAAGAGAGAUGCCAGUGUGAUGAGGGUUUUCUGCUUAGCAGAGAGGAGUGCGUACCUGCAACGGAUUGUGGAUGCUGGGUAGACGGACAGCAUUAUGAGAGAGGAGAGUCAUUCAUGGAGCCUGACUGCGAGAGGUUGUGCACGUGUCAAGGCAAAGGCAAACUUCAAUGUUCAGCUUCUUCCUGCCCUGCCCAUGAGGUCUGCAAGGUCCAGCAUGGGGUCAUGGGUUGCUUCCCCUCCAGCCCAGUGACCUGCAGCGUCUACGGUGACCCCCACUACAUCACGUUCGACGGCAAGGCCUACUCGUUCCGAGGAACCUGCAACUACACCAUCGCCAAAACGUGCGGUGCAAGCAAAGCCCUGUUUACAAUAACGGCUCGGAACGAGGGAUGGAGCGACUCUUCGUAUCUGAACUCGGUGGCUCUUCACGUGGACGGAUUUCAUCUCGUCGUUAAGAAAAACAGACUGGCUUAUGUAAACGGACGUGAAAUCAAGCUUCCUUAUUCACACAACACCCAAGUCAACGUGUCGCUGGCAGGUCCAUACCUGCAGGUGUUGACAGAUGUUGGGCUGCGCCUGCUGUUUAAUGGAAACAAUCGACUUUUUGUGCAAGUGGAUGAAAGGCACGAGGGAAAGGUUUGCGGCCUCUGUGGGACGUACUCUGGAAGUCAGUUCGAUGACUUUUUGACGCCUGAUGGCGCUUUGGUUCCACACUCUUAUGAAUUUGCUAGCAGUUGGAAUACACAUGAUCCAGACUGGCGCUGUAGCGAUGGAUCCCCCGAACUGCCUCCUUGCCCACCUGAGUUAGACAGCGACGGAUUUGAGGAGUGCAGCAAGCUGUUCGAGGAUGCCUUUAAAGCAUGCCACUGGUUCGUUCCCCCUCAAAUCUUCGUGAACAGCUGUGUUCAGGACUACUGUACCUCAGAGGGGAAUCAAGUUGAGCUGUGCACUUCUCUGGAGAAUUACGUGGCGGCGUGUGAGGUGGCCGAGGUGGAUUUGGGAGACUGGAGGAAGGAUACCAUCUGUGAUCUUCUUCCCACCAAAGCACCAAUAACACACCCAGACACUCCAGCACCAACAAUCCCCAUCCACUCAACACCCAGCACAAGUUGUUCAUGGACCUGCGACUUUGAUGAAAAUGAAUGUGGAUGGGAGCAGCUAAUUCAGGACAGCUUUAACUGGACAAGGCUGUCUGGAUCAACACCGUCUGAGUACACUGGUCCAACCAGUGACCACACAACAGAAAGUGGCUUUUACUUGUAUAUCGAGGGCGACGGAGUUUACCGUGGUGACUCUGCACGCAUAAUAAGCCCAGUAUGCAAUACAGUGGGCACCCAGUGUAUGACCUUUUGGUAUCACAUGUAUGGCUGGGCAACAGCCAUGGGACUUAACGUCUACCAGCUAGAAGACAACCGCGCUACCAAAAUCUGGUCGAGGACCAAUAAUCAAGGCAACCAUUGGCAUUUAGCCCAGAUUGAAAUCUACCCAAGGGGACAAUUUCAGAUUAUCGUGGAAGGCAUUCGAGGUUCGAGCGCUCAGUCCGAUGUGGCAUGGGACGAUGUUAAAAUAGUACAUGGAAAAUGUGAAGAUAUUACUGAACAGCCAGAUGAUGACGUACCGUUAGUGCCCAGUAAAUACCCACCUGUUAUACCAUCAGUGUGUGGAAUCGACUGCAAUUUUGACACCGACCUCUGCACAUGGUCUCAGUUAUUGACGGACGUUUUUGAUUGGACAAGACACAGUGGUUCCACCCCUACAUCGAUGACCGGUCCCUUUUCUGAUCACACAACAGGAAGUGGUCAUUACCUCUACAUCGAGGGCGACACCGCCUCUCACGGUGACACGGCACGUCUCCUGAGUAAGCAAUGCUCCAACGUGCAGCCUCAGUGCCUGCAGUUCUGGUACCACAUGUACGGCUCCAGCUGGACCAUGGGGCUUAGUGUCUACCUGAUACACGGAAACGUAGGUCAAGAGAUCUGGAGAAAGAGAGAGGACCAAGGGAACAUGUGGCAUCAGGCUCUAGUUGAUAUAACUCCACAUGAGAAAUUCCAGAUUUUAUUCGAAGGACGCAGAGGCCACAGUGAGAAGUCAGAUGUAGCUCUGGAUGACGUCUCUUUACACAGAGGAACCUGUGCAGAUUUAAUAAAGGACUUGAUUGGUUCAUCAACACCUGAGUUGUCAACUACAACUUCACAGUCACCCACAACUACAACCCCACCCACAACUUCAACUACACAACCACCUACAACUAUGACUACACAUCCAACUACAACUCCACUACCACCCACAACUACAACCCCACAGCCAACUACAAUGCCAGAAUGUGACACAGUCCCUGGAACUACAACUACACAGCCACCUACAACUACGACUACACACCCAACUACAACCCCACAGCCAACUACAACUCCACUACCACCCACAACUACAACUACACAGCCAACUACAACUACAAUGCCAGAAUGUGACACAGUCCCUUCAACUUCAACUACACAGCCACCUACAACUACACAGCCAACUACAAUGCCAGAAUGUGACACAGUCCCUGGAACUACAACUACACACCCACCCACAACUAUGACUACACAUCCAACUACAACUUCACUACCACCCACAACUACAACUCCACCCACAACUACAACCCCACAGCCAACUACAAUGCCAGAAUGUGACACAGUCCCUUCAACAUCAACUACACAGCCACCUACAACCCCACAGCCAACUACAAUACCAGAAUGUGACACAGUUCCUUCAACUUCAACUACACAGCCACCUACAACUAUGACUACACAUCCAACUACAACUCCACUACCACCCACAACUACAAUGCCAGAAUGUGACCUAUUCCCAUCAACAACAACUUCACAUCCACCUGUACAAACCACCCCGGUUGCAUCUUUUGAACCAGACGUAUCUCCAUUCUCAACCACAUGCAGAAUGGACUGCAAUUUUGACAGCGACCUGUGCACAUGGUCACAAUUACUGACUGAUGUUUUUGACUGGACGAGAAACGAAGGCCCCACCCCAACGUUAAUGACCGGUCCCUCCUCUGAUCACACAACAGGAAGUGGUCAUUACCUCUACAUCGAGGGUGACGACACCUCCCAUGGUGACACGGCACGUCUCCUUAGCGAGAAAUGCUCUGACGUGCAGCCUCAGUGUCUGCAGUUCUGGUACCACAUGUACAGAUCCAGCUGGACUAUGGGACUGAGUGUUUACCUGGUGCACGGAAACGUAGGUCAAGAGAUCUGGAGAAGGAGAGAGAACCAAGGAGAUGGCUGGAUUCAGGCUCAAGUGGACAUCACACCUCAUGAUAAAUUUCAGAUCGUCUUUGAAGGGCGGAGAGGCCACAACACUUUGUCUGACGUGGCUUUUGAUGACGUAUCUCUACACCGAGGAACAUGCAAAAGCCUCGACCAAGCAACGAGAACAUCUGGACCCUACUGA